UAACGACAAUAAAAAUCAACUGAUUGCACGUUGCUGGCUCAUUACUUCGUAUUUUCCAUCCCAGGUGAAGAAGAAAACUAAGCAAUACAAACAUGGCCCUACAGUCCGAUGCCGUUUUCCAAAAAAUCAUUGAUGGCCUAAAAGAAAAUGAGGCUAAAGCUAAGGCAGUAAAUGGAGUUUUCCUCUACAAAAUCACCAAGGGUGGCAAAGUGGCCAAGGAGUGGACUUUGGACUGCAAGAGCGCCAAGGCCUAUGAAGGACCUGCUCAGGGCGUCAAAGUUGACACCACUCUGACUGUGGCCGAUGAGGAUAUGGUCGACAUCGCAUUGGGCAAACUGAACCCUCAGGCAGCAUUCAUGAAGGGCAAACUGAAGAUUGCCGGUAACAUAAUGCUAACCCAGAAGUUGGCUCCAUUGCUGAAGACCGAUGCCAAAUUGUAGAUGAGACAUUUGGGACACAUUCCAUACACACACACACACACAACCAUAUAUGCGUCACUCCACACACUCAAGCAUACACACGCAGGCUCUCCAUUUCAAAGUGUUUUUUUUUUGUUUUUUAUAAUAUGAUUACCCUAAUCAUCCAAAGGGUACAUCAAAUUUUUGUAUAGUUUUGUUCAUCGACUAUAAUUACAUGUAUGUAUGUAAUGUCA